AUGGAGAGCGGCGACCGGGACAUGUACCGCCAGUUUCAAGACUGGUGUCUCAGGACUUACGGGGACUCAGGAAAAACCAAGACGGUGACCCGUAAAAAAUACGACCGGAUCGUCCAGCUCUUGAAUGGCUCCGAGUCGAGCUCCACGGAUAAUGCCAAAUUCAAAUUCUGGGUCAAAUCUAAAGGCUUUCAGCUCGGCAAUUCGGACGAGGUCAGUGGUGGUGCUGGAGGAGGGAAGCAAGUGCUGUACGUGCCAGUCAAAACCACGGAUGGAGUAGGUGUAGAUGAGAAGCUGUCUUUACGGCGGGUAGCCGUGGUAGAAGAUUUCUUUGACAUUAUCUAUUCCAUGCAUGUUGAAACUGGGCCUAAUGGAGAACAAAUCAGAAAACAUGCUGGACAAAAGAGAACGUAUAAAGCAAUUUCAGAGACCUAUGCCUUCCUACCGAGAGAAGCGGUGACACGAUUUCUAAUGAGCUGCUCAGAGUGCCAGAAAAGAAUGCAUUUAAACCCAGAUGGAACAGAUCAUAAAGAUAAUGGAAAACCUCCAACAUUGGUGACCAGCAUGAUUGAUUACAAUAUGCCAAUUACUAUGGCCUAUAUGAAACAUAUGAAGCUGCAGCUACUAAAUUCACAGCAAGACGAGGAUGAAAGCUCAAUAGAGAGUGAUGAGUUUGAUAUGAGUGACUCUACUAGGAUGUCAGCUGUGAACUCAGACCUCAGCUCAAAUCUUGAAGAGAGAAUGCAAAGUCCUCAGAACCUCCAGGGCCAGCAGGAUGAUGAUUCAGCCGCAGAGAGUUUUAAUGGCAAUGAGACCGUGGGACACAGUUCCAAUGCUUCAGGGGGAACACACUGCAGGGAGAUGGCAGAAACCAACAGUAAUGGCAAAACAAAUCUGGAGCAGGAUGAGCAGCCUCUGAACCUGAGUGACAGUCCCCUCUCUGCUCAGCUGACUUCAGAAUACAGACUAGAUGAUCACAGCAGUAAUGGAAAGAACAAAUACAAGACUCUCCUAAUUUCUGAUCUCAAGAUGGAACGGGAGGCAAGAGAAAAUGGAAGCAAGUCCCCUGCCCAUAGCUAUUCAAGCUAUGACUCUGGCAAGAAUGAGAGUGUAGACAGAGGUGCAGAAGAUCUGUCUAUGAAUCGAGGCGAUGAGGAUGAGGAUGACCAUGAUGAACAGGAAGAUCCUGAGAAGGUUAAUGAAUCAGAUGGGGUAGAAGCUGAGCGACUGAAAGCUUUUAAUAUGUUUGUCAGGCUGUUUGUAGAUGAAAACUUGGACCGAAUGGUCCCAAUCUCUAAGCAGCCCAAAGAAAAGAUCCAGGCUAUCAUUGACUCAUGCAGGCGACAAUUCCCUGAGUAUCAAGAGCGUGCGAGAAAACGCAUACGUACUUACCUCAAGUCCUGCAGGCGGAUGAAAAGAAGUGGUUUUGAGAUGUCACGACCUAUUCCCUCACACCUUACUUCAGCAGUUGCAGAGAGUAUCCUGGCUUCUGCCUGUGAGAGUGAAAGCAGAAAUGCUGCAAAAAGGAUGCGGUUGGAUAGACAGCAGGAUGAGGCUGCUCCAGCUGACAAACAAUACAAGCAAGAGCCGGCCCAGGUCACUUACUCAACAUCAGCUGUUUCCAGUACACAGGAGGUGCUGUACAUCAAUGGAAAUGGGACCUACAGUUACCAUAGUUACAGAGGGCUCGGAGGUGGGCUGCUAAAUCUCAACGAUGCUUCUAGCAGUGAUCUUCAGCCUACAUCCACUACAGCCGUGACUCAGCACUGCACCCCAGGCACUACAAAUGUCCAAUCCCCUUCCAACUCAGGUCCGACAGAUCUCAGUAUGAAGAGGCAGUUAGCAACCAGCUCUGGAUCCUCCAGUAGUACAAGCUCUAGACCCCAGCUGAGUCCAACUGAAAUAAAUGCAGUGAGGCAGCUUGUGGCAGGGUACCGAGAAUCAGCCGCGUUUUUAUUGCGUUCUGCAGAUGAACUGGAAAACCUUAUUUUGCAGCAGAACUGA